AUGGAAAAAUAUAAAAAUUAUAAAACAUCAGAAGGAGAUAAGCAGGCUGGAUCGGAAUCAGAUGAAAGCCUAUGUAGCGAUGUAUCAAGGACAGCUUCUAAGUCUGGAGGUCGCUCCCGUGGGGCGAAAAAGAGACGUAUUACAAAAUCAAUAUCGUCCAGCGACAAUGAAGCUUUUUUAAAAGAGACGAAUUCUGAGACAGGAAAAGAGGUGACACCAUUAAUGGAUAAUUCUGGAGAGUUCGUAGUGCCAGGGCCUGAGGAAGCUCUUAGUAUGGCUGAGAGGCAAGUGGAACAAAUGGCUGAAAACACCUGCCUGCGCAGUGAAAUAGAGGAGCUUCGUAAAGAGUUUUCUGAAAUCCGGCUUGAAAUGGCGAGGAUCAAUAAAACACCUGCUCCACCAACUCCUCAGGUGCGAGGAGACAAGGAAAGUGAGGAAUUGAUAAGUUCCAUUAUGCGCCAAGUUGGUGACAUGAUGAAUGCGCGAUUGGAGGCGCUUGAGGAGCGGCUUCUCCCAGAAAAGCGUGUCCGCCCUCCGCUGGCUGCUGACGUGCGCAGAGAUGUAGUAAAUGAUGCAGACAUACUACGGCGGAAGUCUGAUACAAUUACGAAGGCUGACAAAUACGCCGUAAAAACAAGAAUAGGCAACAAGAAAAUUCCGGCGCUGGAAAUACAAAGAGGAAACAGAAAGGGAAAGGGACACGAAGGGAGAACAACAGAAAUGGCAACCAACCAGCCAACAGAAUCACGCCCUCAACCUCCUGAGUCCACGGAAGAAGGAUGGACCACAGUAGUGAGAAGAGGUAAAAAACGCAAGGCAGGAACCAUCAAUCCUUCCAAGAGACCAGCAUCUGUGAAACUGCGCUCCCCAAAAUCCGCGGCUGUAGUUAUAACACUGCAGCCCGGAGCUGAAGAUCGUGGCCUCACUUAA